CUCGCGUCAAGGGACAAUUUCUUGUUUUACUCAACUUGUCGUCAUACUUCACUUCUUCAUUCAUUCAUAUCACCGACAAGUGUUGGGAGAAUUGUGACUCUCUUCAAUUUGUUUGUAUGAUAUAUCGAUAACACGGAUUUACCCCGCUAUAUAUUUCACCAUGGCAGAGCUCGAUCAUUUUUCUAACGUCACCAACGACGAACAACCGAUCGCCAUUCGAAGGUCGAGGCGAAGCAGUGUUGGACCACCUGCACGAUUAGGAGAUACUUCGCAGACCACCAUUCGACAUAGCAUCUUGACCCCGCCAUCUACACCAAAACGAGUCAAGAAACGUGUACGAUUCUCCGAUCCAGGACCAGAGAUACAGCUUGAGUCAGCCUCUUCUGGUUUGACUCCAUUCAUACGUCGAGCAUCAAUCUCUUCUAUCCCCACCACAAGACGACAUUCUACGCCAUCGACGUUGUCAAAUCGAGCCGAAUAUGAUACCACGCCGAUAUCCGGGACAUUGCAAUUCGCACCUCUGAGACAAGUACUGGACGGCCGAGUCAAGCGACGACUUCGAAGACACAGAUUGAGUGAGGAGAUAAACGUAAUUGAAUGGGAAAAGAGACACGACGCCAGAGAACGAAAGUCGGAAGUCGCCAGACUACGAGAGGAAUUAGCCGCCAAGGAUCUGGAAGUUCAGAGCAUGCGAGAUGAGCAUGACAUCGCCAGCCAAUUGGAAGGAGAAUCUGGAGGCUCUUUCGCCACGAGCGAUACGCUCAGUACUAAAGUCCAAGAAUUAGAACAAGAGAUCCAGGACCUCAAGGCCCAACUACAUCGUCGAGAAUCUGAGGAACCCGAUGAUGUGGAUUGGGACAUGGCUGCCAGGGAUCCUUACGACAAUAACUUUGACGACGACGAUGAUGACGAUAACAUGAUCACGAAUUAUGAUGAUGACUUUACGAUGAAUGAUGAGAUCAUGACUACACCUGCGAGACUUAAUACUUCAUUUCCCUCACCGCCUUCUACACUACCAAAUACUCCCUGCCGAUCAACCUCUUCAGUCAGUGCUGGAAUCCAGGCUUCCCUUCCGAUUUCUGAUCCUGAGAAUCAGCAAUUGAAAGCUCAGCUUAAAUCUCUCCAAGAAGAGAUCGACAAGCUGAAUUCCGCAAUUGCAUUCAACACUGACCACCAAGACCGCUUGACAGCCAAACUAGGAGAUUUCCUCUCCAGAUCCGUCUCUGUCUCUCAUGAUGCCAGCCAAGACCCAGACCACACUACCUUCGAUGCGGCACUUGACCGUGUGCUCACUACUCUCGCACUCUCCCAAUCCGCAUCCCUCGAACACCAAACUACCUUCUCCGCGCUCUCAACCGAGAUCUCAAGUCUCGGAUUUGGCAAUUCCACACCAUAUGAGACCAUUCAGCUCAUCUCCAGCCAAUUCCGCCAAGCCCGUCUCGAUCUCGAGUAUCUCUCUCCUGGCGAGACGUCCUUUGGUUUCGAGAACGACAAAUUACUCGGGAUGCUGGUCGACAGAGUCAAGGUCCUCACCCAAAAGGUGAAGGAAGGCGACGAAGCCAUAGACCAAUAUCACGAGCAGGAAGUCCUCCUUCGACAACAACUCGGCACCAGAGUCGAUGCAAUGGACGACCUCAGAGACCAACUCAAACUCGCCGACCAAGUCGUCAGCUCUCUCCGCGAAGAAAGCAAAGACAAAGACGUUGACAACGAACGGCUCCGCGAAGCCCUAGACGGCUAUAGAACUGAAGUCAAAGGCCUCGAAGAUCUAAUCGAACGCAUUGAGCGCGAAAACGUCCUCAAGGAAGAAGGUCUCCACUCCGAGAUCUCGGAACUGGAACAGAGACUCCAGCACGAGGUUAUGCGAAGCGAAGGUUUGGUAGAAGACAGCGAAAGCAAAGACGCAAUCACAGUCGAGCUCCAGCGUCGUCUCAGCACCGCUCUCCAAGCAGCCGCACAAGUCCAACAACAGCUCGACGACCUGACAUCCUCACACACUGCUGGCGAAGCAGAAAAAGACAUCCGCAUCGCCGAACUCGGGAUCUCGAUCAUCGAGAAGAUAAACUCAGCGUUAAAGAACGCACAUGCUACGAUCCUGACGCUGAGGAACGAGAAUCAUGGCUUAAAUUUUGAGCUUAGGGCUGAGAGGGAGAAGGGACAGGUGGCGGUUAAGGCAAUGUUGGAUAUUAUGGGGUAUCCAAUGACAACGGCGGGUGGCCCAACGGCGGAGAGUAGUAGUCCUGUGAAGGGAGGACUGAUUACGCCGAUGAGUGGUGGAGUAGUGAGGAGGAGUGGGGGCAUGUUUGAUGGGGGGUUAGCGAGGAGGGGGAGUAAUAAGGGAAAGAAGAGGAGGAGGUAUGAUAGUGGAUUGGGGUUCUUGUCUGAGGGGGAGGAGGUCGAUGGGGUGGGGGAGUUUAGUAGUGAUUUGUAG